AUGUCAACUACUAUCACGAUUAACAAUAAUCAAAAUAUGAAUGUACCUAUUUCAAUAACAUUGCCACUUUCAUCGUUUUUACCAGCUCCAUCGAUUGUUAUUGAAGUUACAUUACUAGAACCAGAAAUAAUUUUGCUUGAUCAACAAGAGUUUGAAAACAUGGAUACUUUAAAUCAUACAGAACAACCGGAUAUAAUUUUGCUUGAUCAACAAGAGUUUGAAGAUAUGGAUAUUUUAAAUCAUACAGAACAACCGGAUAUAAUUUUUCUUGGUGAACAAAAGGCUGAUAGUAUGGACGUUUUUAAUGAUUUUGAUGAACGUAUUUUUGAUUUUCAACAAGAUGUUAAUAUGUAUUCGAAUCUAAAUACACCAAUUUCAAUUAGAGAUACGGUCAAUAUUCAUCACCAUCAACCUACUAUUUGUGAUCAUCCGCACCAAGUUUUUAGUCAUUUCAUGGAUAAAUCUUGCAAUAGCAUUGAUGAAAUUGUCGACUAUUUACAAGGAGAUAUAAAUUUAUGUUGA